CACUUUUUUCAAUACAAACAUUAAAAGCACUUUAUUUUACAAUUGAUUGCAAAUCAAACACUGGUUUAAAACAAUUAAAUUGAAGACAAUGUUUGCAAAUGUGGCCAACGAUGAGGACGACGACGACUUCAUUAAACCCGAGACCAGCACCAAACUGGCCAAUCUCUUCGGCACCAAUCAAACUCAUUUAGACACCGAUGCGUCCAAUAAGUCGCUUAUAUAUACGGCUCCCAAACAGCCCAAGAGAUUCGAAAUGGCCACCACUUCGGGCGCCGAUACCGUCAACAGUAGCCCAACAAACGCUGUCAUGACUUUAAUACACGCCUCGGCUGUCAAUGUGUUUAAAUUUGAUAACGAUAAAUACACAGCUCAGGGCAAACUGGGCGCCGCCCUACUCGGCAAUCAGGACACCGGCAGUUAUAAAAUGGUUUUAUAUACCGGUAAACAACAGCACAUAACUGUCGCCUCGAUUACCGACACAUUUAAUUUAAUUUGUCAACCAAACAAUUACAGCACUUUCUAUGACGACAACCGCCAAAACUGGUCCCUAAUGUUUGACACCGAAGAAGACAAAUGCAAUUUUAAUCGUCAGUUAACUGUUUGUAAAUACAAUUCGUGGCGAAACAAGUCGUCGGCCACGGAGUCAUCGAUUCUGACGCAAGACUUAAUGCUCGGCAAUGAGAAGAGUGCGGUCGUCGCCGAAGAUAGUGAUCACAUAGAGCUCCGAUAUAAGGGAUGGCUNAUGUUUGACACCGAAGAAGACAAAUGCAAUUUUAAUCGUCAGUUAACUGUUUGUAAAUACAAUUCGUGGCGAAACAAGUCGUCGGCCACGGAGUCAUCGAUUCUGACGCAAGACUUAAUGCUCGGCAAUGAGAAGAGUGCGGUCGUCGCCGAAGAUAGUGAUCACAUAGAGCUCCGAUAUAAGGGAUGGCUCUUUGACGACAGCCACACAUUAGGCAAACUGUUUGUCUCUAUUGAUAGCACUGCGAAGAAGUGCUUUCGCGUCAAACUUAGUGGCAAAUGGACUGAUAUGUUGAGUGGUAUGAGAAUCGGUAGCAAACGGUUU